AUGGGUGUAAAGUAUCCUGACCGGGAGGAGCCCAAGAAGCCGGAGAAAAGGAGCAAGGGCACUUCGGGCGAAGAUCCUGCCGCCAAGAAGAGGAAAGUUUCUUCUGCGGAUGCUGAUGCCUCAAAGGCUGACCCGAAGGUCUUGACUGCGAAGCUGCCCCGUCCGCCUCCGAAGGCGCCUUCGACUAAGAAAGGACCGGACAGUGUCGGGGAUGUGGUUGUCAAGCUUUACCCGUCACGAGGCGCUGGGCUUCGAAGUGUUAGUUUGCUUGAUUUGGACGACGAGGGUACCGCCAUCAAUCCUGUCUCAUCUAUGCCAGCGGCCAAUGUUGAGCCAACUCCGGCCCCGGCGAAAGAUGCUGCGAAGGCUACCGGCAUGGUUGCUGCGACCCCGAGCGCUCAGCCUUCGGGGGCUUUGGAGGGCGUUGAAACUGAAGGUGCUGGUCGCAUUGUUACUGAGGCCCCGAAGGACCCGGGACCGGAUGUUGAUCCUUAUCUUCCUUGGAUUUGUGAAGUAGAUGUUGCCACGAUGAUAGCGGAGCUGAGCCAUGAGAUCGAGUUUGGACCCACGAAGGUUCCUCUACCUUCGCAGGGGACUUCUUCGGCCGUUGAGAAGCGUCAACUGGAGAAGGAACUUUUUGAUGUUGAAGGUUUCAAGAAUGAGCUUGAAAGUUUUGGCACUGGGGAUCUUGGCCGUGUUGUCGCGGCGAUGAAUGCGAAGGCUUUUCUUGCUGGGAGGGUUCUUUUGAAAAGGGUGAAGAUGGAGUCUGACAAGGUGCUCGAAGGUUCUGCAGAGAGACUUCGUUUGGUUGAAGAAAAUGAGAGGAUGAAGAAGGAACUAUCAUUGCUUCAGGCUCUCGAUGACUCCCGAAAAAAACAGAAUGAAGAGUUGGAGGAGAGGGCACGACGCCAUGAUACAGUUGUUAAUGAAAUGCAGAAAGAUUUGGAUUCGAAGGAGGCCACCAUCGAGGGCCUGAGGCAAGAGAUUGUGCAAAGUGUUGAUAAGGCCAAGACGGCAGAGAGUCUCGCUGUUCAACUUUCGGGAGAUUGUGCUAAGAAGGAUAAGAUUAUUGAAAGGCUGGAAGAGGAGGCCCGGGAAAACACGCAAUUGCUUGCUGAAGCUACUAAUGAAAUUGUUGAGAAGAGCUCUGAAAUCUAUGAAGCUUACAAAGAUGCGCUCGCGACCUUCGGGGCGGAGCCCGAGCCCUUGGUAAGGUCCGAUGGUUUGGGCUUGAACGGGCUGCUUGACUGGAUGCUCAAAGAGUUCGCCGUCUUGGGGAAUAUCUUGACUGAUAUUUCGGACAACUCGGCGGUUAUCUCUUGUGAGAAUGCUUUCGCUUUGCUUGAACACGAAGGUUGUCAAGACCUGAGCAAAAUUGCUGCUCCUGGGUAUCAGUUGCCGAAAUCUUCGGAGCUGGAGACUUGUUCAAGCAGGAUUCAAGCGGUGAAGAAAUCUUUUCUACGAAAGUUCUGUCUGUCUGUUGGACGUCAGGCCUUGCGUGACAUAGCGUGCCAGCGCCUUGAGGAGUCCAAGGGAGCUCGCGAGGCCGCGAAGGGGGUCGUCGAUGAAGGUUUGGAGGCUGGAGAGAUUGCUGGGAUGUCUGGCCAAGCUGGCCAUGACGACGAAGAGGAGGGCAACGCGAAGGUCUAG